AUGGCUAUAUUACCAGGAUACCUGCAAUUGGAGGAUGCUAAGGCCGCACGAAGGGCCGAAGCCGAUAAACUCCGCGUGAAGAAAGGUGACAACGGGAUGCACCCCGGUGAAAAACACUCUCAGAGAAUACCAUAUAAGGGCCUGCCACCGAGAACGCCAGCCAUGGCGGUCGAAACAAGGCCUGCUGACGAGAUUUUCCAUCUUGUCAAAGAUGAAACUUGGUUCCGAGCCCCAUGGAAUUACACCCGCGGUGAUCCCAAACCAGGGAAAAAUGACCAACUAUGCGAAUACCAUAACGCUUAUGGGCACACAACCGCAAACUGCGGACACCUGAUGAACCAGUUGGAGAUAUUGGUAAGGCAAGGUCGACUAGACAGAUUCGUCACUGGACCCCCGAGAGCAAUGAACGGAGAACGGCACAACCGUGACCGGGAUAACCAUAGGCGUGAUGGGGGGGAGAGAAGGAAUGGCCCAGAUGACAGGCGGGAAAGAGAAUUAAGGAAUGAGGCACCAGAACGACCACCCUUCCAGAGGGAAAUUCAUAUGAUCGUUGGAGAAAAUGGUAUACCCACAUCAAACAGAGCGAAGAAACAACUUGUCAGGGCUGUGAGAACAGGACACUUUAACUCUAAGGUCAUGGCUAUCACCAGCGCAGCCAGCGAACCCACCAUAUCCUUCGGCCCGGAAGAUGCCACACCGUUAAUGUACCCCCAUGAUGACGCCUUAGUCUUCUCAACAGACGUGGCUGAAUGCCUGGUCCACCGAGUUUUCGUGGACUCGGGCAGCGCGGUGAACAUUGUGUACUGGAACUGCUGGAAGGCCCUUGGCUCAGAUGUCAAUGUUGAACCAACGAAUGCACCACUCUAUGGAUUCUCAGGAGAGUCAGUAGUACCAAUCGGAAUGGUAGAACUGCCAGUUACCUUGGGACGAUUGCAGGGUUAUAAAACCAGAACAAUCAGAUUCUUGAUCAUAGACGCUCUGAAACCCACGUACAACAUCAUCUUGGGGCGGCCCGCGCUUAACACCUUCAAGGCAGUAGUUUCCACAUUCUACCUCAAAAUGAAGUUCCCGAUAGAUGGUGGAAGAGUUGGGGAGGUGUGGGGGGAUCAAGCUACAUCGAAGCAAUGUCAUGUGCAAACACUAACUCAACAUAAUGAUAGUGUUGGAAACGAUCCCAACACCCGAAAGCAGAAACGAAAGCAAGCAAAAAUCCCGGGGGAACCUAAUGAUCAGAGAAAGGAGAAGAUGGGGAUAGUCACCGCGUCAAACCCCGAACGCAGAGAAAUCAUGGAACUCAGAGAUGGAGUUGAUAAACAACCACUCGUUUCCACGAGUGAUGCAUGCUUGCUCAUUGAACUUUUCCCUGACAAGGAAGGAUACACUACCAGAAUUGGAGCGGGAAUGGCACCAAUCCUGCAAAGGGAAGUUACCGCAUGCCUGCGCAGGAACGCGGAUGUAUUCGCAUUUAACACUUCUGAUCUUAAAGGGAUAAACAGAGAGCUAGCCGAACAUCGUCUUAAUGUGGACCCAAUGGUUAAACCAGUCAGACAGAAAACAAGACACUUUGGCGCGGAGAAGGAUGCAGCUAUUCGGGAACAAGUCCAAGCCCUCCUAGAGGCACGACAUAUCGUGGAAAUCCAAUAUCCCGAAUGGAUAUCUAAUGCAGUCAUGGUAGAAAAGAAGGUCAAGGUGUGGAGAAUGUGUGUGGACUACAGAGACCUCAACGCAGCUUGCCCUAAGGACUGUUACCCGCUCCCUCGAAUAGAUCAAUUGGUGGAUGCUACUUCAGGGUGUGAACUCUUGUCCAUGAUGGACGCAUACCAAGGAUAUCAUCAGGUAAAGAUGCAUCCGGAUGAUGUAGCCAAAACCGCCUUCGCAAUGUGCACAGGAGUCUUCGGGUGGGAAAGCAUGCCCUUCGGCCUCAAGAAUGCAGGGGCCACAUACCAGCGUAUGAUGGACAAAAUUUUCAGGACACAGCUGAGGAGAAAUAUCUUGGUGUAUGUCGACGACAUGUUGGUGCGCAGCAUUAAGGCCAGCUCCCACGUGGCCGAUCUGGAGGAAACCUUCUCAGUAGUCCGCAAGAAUAAACUCUUGCUCAAUCCUACUAAGUGCACCUUCGGGGUGCAGUCAGGAAAGUUCUUGGGUUACAGGGUAACACCGGAGGGGAUCGAAGUUAAUAAUGACAAAGUUAAAGCUAUUCUGAACAUGACCUCACCCAGGAAUGUCAAAGAAAUCAAAACACUCAAUGGGCGAAUUACCGCGUUGAGUCGGUUCAUUUCACGCUCAGCUGAGCGAAGUCUCCCGUUCUUCAAGGUUCUACGGAAAGGAAGUCGGUUUGAAUGGAGUGGUGAGUGCCAAAGAGCCUUCGAAGACCUAAAAGUUUACCUGACCAAACUACCAGUAUUGACAAAGCCCUCUCCGGGGGAACCAUUAUACUUAUACAUCUCCAUGGGAGUUGAAUCUCUGAGCUCAGUGCUGGUCCGGGAGAAGAAUCGGCAACAAAAACCCAUAUACUUUGUAAGCAAGGUCAUCCAGGGUGCGGAGCUGCGCUACACCGAAGUCGAGAAGACCGCAUACACGAUCAUGAUCACGGCCAGAAAGUUAAGGCCAUACUUCUUAUCACACAAGGUCAUUGUGAGGACAAUAAUACCAUUUAGACAAAUCCUGGGACGACCCGAUCUGGCGGGGAAGAUGGUGAAAUGGGCUAUAGAACUGGGGGAGUAUGAGGUCGAGUUCGAGCCGCGCACUGCCAUCAGGGCACAGGCACUAGCGGAUUUUAUUCAAGAGGCAAUACGGUGGCCUAUGAGGGGACCAUGGGUAGCGCAGGUCGAUGGAUCGGUCACCAAAGAAGGGUGUGGGGUGGGAAUCUACAUCACCUCGCCUGAAGGGGAAGUCUAUCAAUUUGCUAUCAAGUUCGAGGAUAAGUUAUCUAAUAACGAAGCUGAAUAUGAGGCAGUGUUGAGAACAGCUCACAUACUCAGGGAGCUCAGAGCCGACAAUGUGGUGAUCAAAACCGACUCUCAAUUGGUGGCACAACAGUUGAAUGGAGGCUACGAGAUAAAAGAAGAAAGAAUGAAGCAGUACUUUAACAAGGUCCAGGAGAUAGGGAAGAAGUUUGAGAAACUCGAAAUACAGCAAGUGCCGAGAGAGGAAAAUCAGCGAGCGGACCUCCUGGCUAGAAUGGCCAGCGCAGUCGAACAAACCUGGAGGGAGGACAUUACCUUGGUAUUCGAACCUAAGAGGGAAAUGGCUGCGCAGGUGUGCAACAUCGAAACUAAGGAUGACUGGAGAACACCCAUCAUAUACUAUCUGAAAAAUGGUAAACGGAUGAAAGAGGAUACUUCGAGAUAUGCAAAAUACGAGAAUUACUGCAUCAUUGGCGAUCAGCUCUAUAAGAGGUCCUUCACACACCCGUUUUUGAAAUGCCUGGCCCCCGAAGAAGCACAAUUUGCCUUAAAGGAGAUCCAUCAAGGGUGCUGCGGUAACCAUGGUGGACAUAGGGAUUUGACAAGAAAGAUAAUCAGAGCAGGAUUCUACUGGCCCGGAAUUAGCAAGGAAUCGAAGGCCUUCGUGCAAAAAUGCGAGGCUUGUCAAAAACAUGCCCCCAAAAUCAAUAUACCAGGGGAAGAAAUGGGGAUCAUGUAUGCAGCGCACCCUUUCGACAAAUGGGGAAUCGACAUCGUGGGCAAACUACCGACUGCCCCGGGGGGUAAAUGCUUUCUUAUAGUUGCCGUAGAUUACUUCUCUAGAUGGAUCGAAGCAGAGACUGUCACCAAAAUUGAUGAUAGCACAAUGGAGAAGUUCAUAUGA